AUGGUGAUUCUAAGCAAUGAUCAUUGUCUUGCAUUUUGUACACUAGGUGACACAUCCUGGACUUCCCUAGAAGAUUAUGAAUGGAUAUUUAUUCCUGUGGACCUUGUAUAUUCGAACAAGGAUGAACUGUUCUAUUGCAAACACGAGUGUUCAGCUCUCCACGCCUGGAAUCUCCACAAUCUUUCUUCCCCAAGGAGAAUUGAUAUCAAAACAGGCCAUUUUUAUGGGACUCCGGACUUCCCAGAGUCUGAAAAGAAACUAAGAGAUUAUAGUUAUCACUGCCUUGCAUUUGAAUCACAUUCUGGGGACCUUUUAUUGGUUAAAAGGUUCGUGGGGGAGGUUGCAGAUGAUGGCACCAUCAUUGACGACUCCGACUCCAACUCUUUCAAGACUCAUUGGUUCGUUGUUUACAGGCUCAAUACCAUCAAAAGAGGAUGGAACUAUGUGACCGACCUCGGUGAUGGAGUUCUAUUCAUUGGAGGGAACCAUGCUUUCCAUUUAUCCGCUAAUGACUUUGUUACUGGCGUAUUGAUCCACAAUUCUAUCUAUUUUAACAUUGAUUACGAAUGUUAUUAUGAUAUGGGCAUCUACAACAUGCAAGAUUUCACGGUCAAAUCCAUUUUCCCUUCUCAUCUUCAUGCACUCAACAAUAUUGAGCACCAUCCCCCCAUUUGGUUUACCCCUAACCCAGAGAAUAAAUAA